CGUCGGUUCUCCACUUGGACAUUGACCCAAGUCACUCCGUCAAGCCUCGCGCCUACUGCGCCCGACGGGCACGCGCAGCUUUGCGCUGGGCCAGCACAUUGACGACUCCAAGUUCUCGGCCUUCUCGCUCAAGCUAUCGGACGACCAGCGCGAGUUCCAGGAGUUGGCCCGCAAGUUCGCACGCGAAGAAAUGAUCCCAAAGGAGAGACACUAUGACCAGACCAUGGAGUACCCGCAGGAGAUCUUCGAGAAGGCCUGGGAACUGGGCCUCGUCAACACACACGUGCCUGAGAAGUUCGGCGGCCUGGGUCUUGGCUCGUUGGACGGCUGCAUUAUCGGCGAGGAGCUGGCCUACGGCUGCACAGGUAUGGCCACAGCCAUGGAGGCUAACGGCCUGGCCACAGCUCCGCUGCUGGUGGCCGGCUCAGACGAACAAAACCGAAAGUACCUGGGCCGUCUCGUGGAGGAGCCCGUGCAGGCCGCCUACUGUGUCACCGAACCUGGCGCCGGCUCGGACGUGGCCGGUGCCAAGACGACGGCCGUCAAGAAGGGAGACAAGUGGGUUAUCAACGGCUCCAAGAUGUGGAUCACCAACGGCGGUGUGGCCAAGUGGUACUUCGUGCUGGCCAAAACGGACCCGAACGCCAACGCCGGCUCGGCCUUCACGGGCUUCAUCGUGGACGCCGAUACGCCCGGUAUUAGCGUUGGCCGCAAAGAAAUCAACAUCGGCCAGCGCUGCUCUGACACUCGCGGCAUCACCUUCGAAGAUGUCGCGGUGCCGGAGGAGAACGUGCUGGGCGACGUCGGCUACGGCUUCAAGAUCGCCAUGCAAGCCUUCGACAUCACCCGUCCGCCCGUGGCCAUCGGUGCUGUCGGACUGGCGCGUCGUGCCUUCGAUGAGGCCCGUAAGUACGCACUAGAGCGCAAGACAAUGGGCGCACCUAUUGCUAUGCACCAGGCCAUCCAGUUCAUGCUGGCCGACAUGGCUACGGGUAUUGAAGCUGGCCGUCAGUUGACGUACAAGGCCGCGUACGAGAUCGACUGUGGCCGCAAGAACACAAUGUACGCGUCCAUGGCCAAGCGCUUCGCUGGCGACCACGCCAACCAGGUGACCACGGAUGCCAUUCAGAUCUUCGGCGGCGCUGGUUUCAACACCGAGUACCCUGUCGAGAAGCUGUUCCGCGACGCCAAGAUUUACCAGAUCUACGAGGGCACGUCUCAAAUUCAGCGCAUGAUCAUUGCCAAGGAAAUGUUUUCGCGCCAAACCAUGGAUCCUUAGAUCGAUAAGCUACACCUGCGUUGUACUGGCGGAGGUGAGUAAGACGGGGGAAGAUUAAUCGGGAUUUGCUGCGUAGAAAGCUUUCGAGUACUGGCUGAGGAGGAUGGUCUUGGAUACUCACCAUUUGCCUUUGUGUGCUACAUGUAUCAACAGCAGUAACUUUAUUUGAGGGGCGUUCUGAAUCGGAAGUAGCUCACCACUCGAAUGUCUGCGCCUUCCACUUGAUCUCUGGACGUGAGUGUUCUUUCUCCGGGCCUUCCUCCUUUACUGGGACCUCCUGUUUUGACACCACCGAAAACGCAACCAUCAGUCCUCAUGCGCACCGAAACACUAACAAGGAGUGGAGACCUACCUUCUGAUUCGUACUCGUCGGGGACUCGCAAGCCUCCUCUUUCUGUGCUUCUAGUUGCUGCAUCAAAAUCUGGUUCUCGCGGGCCAGAGCCUCGCGUUCGCUCACCACUUGCAGUAGAUCGUGUCGCUUCUCGAGCUCCACCGCCAACUGCUUCAGUUGAAGCAUCUCGAUCUACAAGCCACAAAAUGGAAAUCUUUGUAAGACCGGAAGCAAUAAAAAUCACGCGAACGCCUCACGGUCUCACCUUCUUCCGCUUAACGAACCUCCGCUGGGCUUC